AGUUCUGACAUUCUAGAUUCUACGCUCCAGCUGUCAAGUUGUCAAAAUGUCGGUCAAUGCACAAAUGCAUCUCAAUAAAACAGAAAUUAAUAAAAGUAAUGAAAAGUCUCUUAAACCACUGUUUUCAAAACAAGCCGAGUGUUCUUACGUAUCUUGCUAUUGUGAAGAGAACGUCUGGAAGUUAUGUCAAGACAUAUCCUUAAGGAUCCCUGGGGAGCUGGACAGAUGUUUCGUUGUGUUUAUUUCAAACCCGUGCCGCACUGUGCCUUUGUGGAAACAAAGGGCUGGGCGUGAGGAAGACCGCCUCGUCAUAUGGGACUAUCAUGUAAUAUUUCUGUAUUCAGUGGACUUAAAAACUUGCCUUGUAUAUGAUUUGGAUUCUGAGCUGCCUUUCCCAACAUUCUUCCACAAAUAUGUUACAGAAACUUUUCGGACAGACCAAGUAUUGAAAUCUGAUUUCCACAGGUUCUUCCGAGUUGUUCCUGCUAAGCAGUUCCUUCAACACUUUGCCUCUGACAGGCGUCAUAUGAAAAGACCCGAUGGAUCCUGGAUCAAACCACCGCCACCUUACCCUGCUAUUUGUACUUCAACCUCAACUCACAAUUUGGAUGAGUACAUCAACAUGGACACAGAAGCAGGUCCGGGACAAGUUUUCAAUUUACUUGAUUUUGUACAACGUUUCUAUAAAAAAGAGAAGUAGUAGGAAAAUAGAUAAGAUGUAAUUCAUUUAAAAUUAUAUCAUCAUGACCAAACUUAUGAUUUUAAGUUCAGUUGAUUAUGUUGUAGUAAUCUUUUAUUAUACAUUUUUCUAUGGGAUAUUAUGUAAUUUCAUAUAUUCUUAGUCAUUCAAAUUUAUAUCGCACAAAUACUGUAAUUGAAGUCACACGAUACAAAUUUAAUAGUGUUUUUCAGAAUAUUUACCUACAUCUGCUUAUAAAAAUCUAUUUAUUCAACCAAGUUAUAUUUUGAACAAUAUUAAAGUUGAACAUAAAAUAAUGAGUGAAAUUUAUCAGUUCAACAAAUGUGAUUAUAAAAUAUGUUGUUCAGGUUUAUUUGAACAUUAUAAGAAAUAACAAAGUACUAAUAUUAUGUAUAUAUAAUUUGAUAUUUAAAGAUAAAAAAAUGAUGAUUUUUUUUCCAAGUUACAGAACAGAGUUCCACAGUACAUUUUACAAUGUAUUUACUUCUAGUCCUACGGUUAGUCCUAUAUUUGACUUAAGUUCUUUUUAUUAAAAAUUGUUCGCGAUAAUUCUUUGUUAUCGAUUUGCGAGCGGAAUAAAGCUUUAAUGGGGUUUUGCCUGUAAAAAAUGCAUGCAAAACGGUUUUGGUGUGACGUGACAAAGAAAAUGCUUAGAGUUAUUGUUUUUUGUAAAAUAAGUCUUAGAACACGACUUAAAUUCGAAUUUUAAGUAUUUUUGAAUUUACCAUUAUAUAUGUUAUAAUAUAUUAACGCUAAGCGAUAAAGUCUACAUUUCAUUCUUUUACAAUUGGUAAAUUGGUUGUUCUUUAAUAUAUUUUAACACGCAAUACAAGUUGACCUAAAUGUUAACGUGCUGUGGGGUUGAUUAUUUAAGGUGAAUAGCAUGCCAUACUGUAUUAAUAUUAUAUACAUACUUUGAAUAAAACGAUUAUAAUUACGUAAAUAAUAUAACUCGAUUUGAAUAAAGCUGAUAUGAAUAUAUUACAUAUAUGUGUGUGUAAGCAUCGUUCAUACUUACGUAUUUACAUUAUUAAUAUGUAUUUACUAUUUAUAUGUCAGAAUAAGUAACGGCUUACAGGAAACUAAAGAGAAAGAAUCUCGAUUUUUUUAAGACAAAUAUAAUUUAAGAUCGAUCACAUACAGCCAAAGUUAAGGAAAUCCGGUACAAAUUAGUAAAUUAUUUAAACUAUAUUUUUUUUUCAACUUAUUAAUACAAAUUUGAAUUCUUAUUAAUAUACACGUUUAUAAUUAACGUUGCAUUUAUCCUAAACCCACGACAUAUAGUGAUAUAAUGUUACAUUUAAGUAUUUUAUUGUAGAGUAUAUUAUCGCAAACGUAGCUUUUGUAUGUUGUUAAAUCUAUUUGAAGUUUUUUAUCAACUUUUAUACACUCUUUUAUCCUUCCCUAAGCACCCCUAGUAUUAAGUAAUGUUAUGCAAUAGUCGAUGCAUUUUUUUCUUACCAAAGAUUAAUAUAAUUAAGUUUAUAAAAAUUAUAUUAUCAAACAGAUAAUUAUAAACGAAGUUAUAAAUAAUAUUAUCUUUAGACGUGAAUUGUCUUGUUAUAGCAUAAAAGACCUCUAUAAUUAUUAAAAUUUUAUAUUAUGUGAAUCUUCACUAUAGAUAGUUAAAUAUUACUAGCUAAAUCAUUAUAAUAAUCCUGUAUCCAAUGUUAUAGUUACAUUAGAUUUUUAAUGACAACCAAAUCCAUACGUCACUUUGUUAUAUAGUUUUUAAUUUUAUUAUCUGUAUUAUUUCCAGGGUUUAAUUUCUGUGUUCAAUGUUGUCUAGUCAUUAGUUUAAGUGACGGUUCGUUGCAUAUGAAAUAUUGAAGUGCUUUUAAUGUACGUUAUCAAUAAAAUAUAACUAUAUUUCUUCUAUUAUAGAAAUUCUUCUUCUAAAUAAAUUUUAAGGUUUUAAACAUAUGUUAUUAUUCGAGGCGUAGCUAGAUAUCUUCAUGGGACCAACAGUAAAAUAAUUUUGAAUCACUAACAACACAGUGCUAGGAUCAUAAAAAAUAUGGGGGCUGUGUUAGUGUCCCAAUGGUUACGCCUUCACACUAUUCAUACUAUUCACUAAACACCUUUUUAUCGAUACCUUCCUUCGAAGCCUUUGAAAUCUUUAUCUAUGGACUGACAGCCUAUAAGUGAUAAUAAUUGUGCUUGUGCUUUUAAUGUACCAAGUUACAUUUUUUUUUAGUUUUAAGAUAUGAAGCUAAAAUAAAAAAAUAUAUGCAA